GUUACCCACACCAGAUCGCAAAUUGAUUCGCUGACCCUACGCCAAAUCGAGGCUGCAGCGUCCGGCUUUGGAUACUCCAUUGGCGAUUCAUGCACGGCUACAAAGGCGCUGAUCCACAGGGGCGAUGGAAAGGUGGUUCCUGUCUGGCACAUCACUCUACGCCAGCCCAGCCAUUGGUGGAGCGCUCAUGUUGGUGUCAAAGAAAAUAGAAUCGAGUCACUCAAUGACUGGGGCAAUGGCUUGGAUGAGAGCUACCGCGUGUUUCCUAGGUCCAUGCUGUCGCCCCUUGAUGGGCAGCCGCAGAUUGUGCUUAAUCCCGCUGACCCGCGUGGCAGCCCGCAUGGCUGGGUCACGGCAAACACUACAGUGGGAAACAACGUGUGGGCGCAGUCCAACCCAUCGGGCCACAACGAGUACAUCCAAAACUACCGCCCGCUGGCUAGAGUAUUGGAUAGCCCGCGGGCCGCAGUCUUCGAUUUCCCGCUGGAUCUCUCGCAACAGCCCACCGCAUACAUGGACUUUGUCAUCACGCAGCUGUUUUACACAAUCAACAUCAUGCACGAUCUGACCUUCAUCUACGGCUUUGACGAGGCGGCGGGCAACUUCCAGGACAUCAACUACUCUGGGCUUGGCGCUGCCAAUGACUCCAUUAUUGCAUACGCACAGGACGGCCGAUCCAUCAACAACGCUCUUUUCUUCACUCCACCAGACGGCCAAAAAGGCGUCAUGUGCAUGUUUAUCUGGAACACCAACACGCCAAACCGCGACUCCAGCCUGGACCAGGACAUUGUCGCGCACGAGUUCACCCACGGUGUGUCCAACCGCCUAACGGGCGGCGCUGCCAAUGUUGACUGCCUCAACGGGGCGAGCCCGGCGGCAUGGGCGAGGGCUGGAGCGACACUGUGGCAAACAUCCUGCGCAUCACGCCCGCCCACACACGCGCCUUGGGUUGGCCAUGGGCGAGUACUCUUCAAGGGCGUACACGGCAUUGGCGAAAUCUGGGCCGUGACUCUCUACGAUAUCCUGUGGAACCUGAUGGACAUUAUGGGCAUUUCACCGGAUAUUUUCUCGCACGACCUGACAAAGGGCAAUUGCGCUGGGCUGCAGAUAAUUCUGGAUGCAAUGAAGCUGCAGCCGUGCAACCCAAGCUUCCUCCAGGCGCGCGAUGCUCUGCUGCAGGCGGAGCAAAAUUUCUCGGCGGGAAAAAACAGGUGCGCAUUGUGGCGUGGAUUUGCUAAGCGCGGAAUGGGUCCGAACGCUGCCUUUGACGGCCAGCGACACAUUGAGGACUUUUCACCACCGGAUGAUUGCAAGACAAUAUAA